CUUUUGUAACGCUGGCCACCCAAACCGCCGCCAUUUGUCAUUUUUUUGGCAUGCGCGUACGGGGAUGCUACGAAAAUCGUGCUCUUGAGUGUUUUCUUACAAUACCGAGUUUUAAACUUUGUUUGUGAAUCGUGAAAAACCGUGUUGCUCUGUGAAAUACCAGUGCUAUAAUAUAUUAAGUGUGUUUUUGUGUUAAAAACAUUCAUCAUGAAUAAAACUUGCGCAAGGUGUGAGAAAACAGUUUAUCCGACUGAGGAAUUGAAAUGUUUGGACAAGGUAUGGCACAAAGGCUGCUUCAAAUGUCAAGAAUGCGGCAUGACUCUCAACAUGAGGACGUACAAAGGAUAUGGAAAGCUGCCAUAUUGCGAAGCACAUGUUCCGAAAGCGAAGCACACGACGAUGGCUGAGACGCCGGAGCUGAAGCGAAUAGCCGAGAACACAAAGAUACAGAGCAACGUCAAGUACCACGCCGACUUUGAGAAGAGCAAGGGGAAAUUCACACAGGUCGCAGACGACCCAGAAACCCUAAGAAUUAAAGCGAACACAAAAAUAAUCAGCAACGUGGCGUACCACGGCGAGCUGGAGAAGAAGGCUCAGAUGGAGAAGCAGCGGCAGAUCAAUGAGAACGGUGAGAUUGUCGACGUACCAUCGGACAACUAUCAUCAACAAAUCGACAACUACGCGACGGAAAUGCUGCCUCCAAACUCACCCCCACCUAACCUACCCCCUAAAAACCACUAUCAGAUCCCGUCUACCCAAUACCAGCCCCCUGUCCAACCCACCCAGACGCAGCCGAAGCAAAACAGGCAAUAUCAAGAACAAUAUCCGGACUAUCAGAGUCAAUACUAUCCUCAAUAUCAAGAAUAUCAAUAUCAGAAUUAUCCGCCGCCUCCGCAGCAACAGAGUCAACAACAGAAAAUAGGGAGGAUUCAGGACUAUGACCCCAUCAGUGAUGGGCCCAGGGCCCCACCGAACACGCAGAGGGCCUCCGCUACACUUAUCUAUAAUAGCACAAACGAUGGCAAACGAGAGAGAUCUACAUCCAGCUUAUUAAAUAAAAACAGUCUAAUGAUGUCAUUGACCAACAUAUCUUCACGCCACUCAGGUGCUCACCAGCAAUCAGGGCAUCAGCAGCAACAGACGCGUCAGAUCGGCCGCGUGACGGACCUCGAUCCACUCGCCAAUGAAAUGCCACGCCCGCCUACUAAUCAUCACAAUCAGCGAGUGUACGUUGCUAUGUAUGACUACGAAGCGAGCGACAGUGAUGAGGUAUCAUUCCGCGAAGGCGACCUAAUCUCGAACGUAACAUCAAUCGACUCCGGCUGGAUGACUGGCCAGGUUCUACGCACGGGCCGGACCGGCAUGCUCCCAGCUAACUACGUAGAACUAGCGACCCCCAACGCUGCACCCCAUUUCGACAACUGAUGUCGGGGCUAAUGACCCCCGAUGGCAAUGUAAUUGUUUUGUUGUAUGUGGUUGGGAUGAAAAGUGUUUUGUACUUUUAUAUGUAUAAUAGAUUUUACCUGCGGUUUUGCUCAUAAUAUGUAAACUCUGAAAUUCCAACUAAAUGUAUGCAAAAUUUCAAGAAGGUUGGCACUUGUGAUGCCUGUGUUCAUGAGAUUAUGAUGACAAAAUCUCAUAAAAAGUUAACAUUCCAAUUUUUGUACACAAUCACAUUCUACAAAAUAAUUGAUUGCCGUCAUCCUAUGUCAGUUUAAAACCUGCAAUUCUAUUGUUAAGUCAUAUUAACUAAUUAAAAUAAAAAAAACAAUCAAAUAUUAUGCAAUCGUGCCUUUAGUAUAGAUACACGAAUUUGUCACCUUUUUUAAAACUUUUGUAAUGUAAAAAUUGCAAUGUUUUGUACUUUGACGCAUUUUGUACUAAAAUUUUAACUUAUUUAAUGUGAACUUUUGAUGGUACUAAUUAAAAUUUGCACUCUGUCUCAUUGUUAUUACAUGGUACUUAUAACAUAACCGGUAAAAAAUGGAUGUUACAUUGUAUUUGUGCAUCCCCUUGGGAAAUAAGUGUAUACUGCCAGUUAAAUGGCUUCAAAACGGCACAUUUUAGGAUUUUAUAAAUAUUUUAACGUGGUUAAA